UAUGCAACAAUCUGAAUUUGAAUCACUAUAUAAUGAAGAAAUAGAAUUCAGAGAUCUUAGAUAUAAAGAACUUAAAGAUGAAAAGACUCAAUAAGAAUAAUAACAUUUUAAUUUAUUUAGAAAUAUUGAAAAUAAUCAAUUCAAAGCAGGUUAAGAAUUAGAAACUCUUUAUGAAAAAAAAAUAUUGAUUGAAAAUGAAAAAUAUUUAUAAUUAGAAUAAGUAUUAAUUGAAGAAAGAUAGAAAUAUAAGUAGAAUCUUAAAGAAUUAGAAUUUGAUUGUUCUAAAUAAAUUAAAGAGAUUAAAUAGAAAUUUCAAUCUGAUUUUAAAUUACCUUAUGAUACUAUUUAUUCUAAUAAAAAUGAUAUUAAAACAUUACAAAAUAAUAAUCAAUCCAUUAUUUCAGAUGAUGAAAUAUUAAAUGAUUAUAUAGAAAGUACUAAAUAAAAAUUUAAAUAAAAGAUUGAAGAAUUAUAAAAAGAAAUCUAAACAAAAGAUAAGUAAUUGAUUAUUUAUAAAUCUGAUAAAAAUAAUUUUUUUAAGGAAAUAGAUAUAGUUAAAUAAUUAUUGGAAUCGGAAAAAUAAAAGUAAAAAGAUUAAGAAAAAUAUAUAUAAGAAUUAUAAAGUUAAAAUAAAGAAUUAAUGGAUAAAAUUAAUUUACAUGAAUAAGAAUUAUCUCAUUGUAAUGAAUAGAUUAAAUAAUAUUAAAAAUAUAUAGGAGGAUUAUAAAAAUCUAAAUUAGUGCUUAGUUAUAAAACUUAUGAAAUGUAAACUGAAAUGGAACCAAAAGAAAAAAAAUUUAGAGAAUUACUUGAAAGUAUACCAAAAUUAGAAGAUGAAAUAAAUGAAUUAUCUACUAAAUUAAAGAAUUAUGAAGAAAAAGAUAAGAAAAUGACUACUUAAAUUAAAUUAAUGAAUGAAGAAAUUGAUAAAAUUAAAUAGAAUUGGAAAAAGUCUCAGGAUUUAUUCAAAAAAAUAACAAUGGAUAUUUAUAAUUGUUAUCAUGAAAAGAAAGAAAAAGUAACGAUCUCUAUUUAAAAUAGGAAUGGGUGGAUUUUAUGAAAUAAAUGUAUUAAAAAUACAUAAGCAAAAAUGAAAAGAAUGAUGAUCUAAGAAAUCCAGAAAAUUUAACAGAAUAAGAUAAAAAGGCUUAAAUAUCGAUUAAAUUAUUUAUCAAAGAUAUUACUUCUAUGAUUCAUGAAUUUAGAGAAUCUGUAUAUAAUAUUAAUUUAAUUAGGAUUGGCCUUAACAAUUAAAAUAACUCUAUCAAAAGCAUUUUACUGGUGAAAUAAAUAAUGAAUUAUGCAGAUAAAAUUAAUUCUUAGUCAAAUCAUCUUAAGAGAAUGAUAAAAAAUUUUAAAAAUUACUAUUAUGGAGAGAUUAAGAAAUCUAUUUAAAAACUUAAGAAAACAUGCAUCUUUUAACACAUUUGAAUUAAGUUUUAGAAAGAAAAAAGAGUUUAGAGAUUAAAUUAGCUAAAUAAAUAUCAUAAUAUGAAUCCUUAGUUAAAACACAAAGUAGAGCAAAUUCUAUGUAAUAGUGCGAAUAGAGACGCAAAAGUCAUUAACAUGAAGUAUCUUAUUAAGUUUAUACAAGAAAGAAUAGCUCAAUUUUUUAAGAAGAAGCCAAUCUAUAACCAUUAAAUUAAUCAAUAGAUUUAGUUAAUGGCUAUAUUACAAAUAAAUUUUAAAAGAAAGGUAAGUUAAUUAAAGGUUAAAAUUAUAACAAAUAGAAGUUAUGUAGAUUUGAAUAACAUCGUCAUUCUGAUUUAAUUACUUAAAAUGAAGGGUUAUAAACAAGAAAUUAAUUAUUGGAACAAUAAAUGAAAAUUUUGAAAUCUAAAUUGAUUGAAGUUGGUCUUGAUGAUGAAAUUACAUAAACUAAUACCUAAAGACCAUAUAGCUAAAAAGUAAAGAGAACAUGA